ACCUGGUCAACAGCGAGAGGAUUUUGUAAUUGAAUUAAAUAUGCGUGGGCCGCCAGGGGGACGGGCAGGGAGAGAAGGGGGAAAUGUUGGGGGAACUCAAACAGGUCAACAAGGAUUACAACAACAGCAAGAACGUCAGGAAGGGGAUCAUUUAAAUACAACUGUUACAAUUCAACAUAUCCGCCCUCGUAGAGAACCUUGUUGUGUUAUACUUUAA